AUGCGUUUCCUGUCCCUGCUGACGGUCGCUCUCGCGGCGAUCUUGUUGGCGCGCGUGGACGCGGCACCAGCAGUGGGCUCAUCACAAUCGUCUCACCUUGCCCCCCGAGCUGCAAACUCUGGCUUCGGCACUGGCCGCAAGAUCCGCGGAGUCAACUUGGGCAAUUGGUUGGUUUUGGAAGCAUGGAUGCAGCCAGAGCUUUUCGCGCCCUACUCUGCUCAAGGUGCCAUAGACACUUGGACCUUGAUGAAGAUUAUCAACGACCCUGCGAGCUCCGCCUCACUUCUACAAGGUCACUACGACUCUUGGAUCACAGAAGAUGACUUCAGACAGAUUAAGGCGGCUGGUCUCAACACGAUCCGUUUGCCAGUCCCCCACUACAUGUUCGGAGAUGCCGCAGGGGUAGCGCUCAAAACUACUAGUGGCGAGCCCUACAUCGGUUCUGGGCUCGAAAUUCCCUACGUAGACAAGGCUUUGCGGUGGGCCAAGCAGUACGGCCUUGACGUCACAUUUGACAUGCACACAGCUCCCUACAGUCAAAAUGGCUUCGACAACAGCGGCAGACAAGGACCAGUUGGUUUCAGAACUGAAGGAGGUAAUCCUGCUGAUAACGUCAACCGUCUGAUUUUUGCUCUCACCGAGUCCGUCAAGAGAUGGGUCAACGAUCCAUCCUACGGAGGUGUCAUCAAGUCGAUCGGUGUCCUCAACGAACCUCAGAUGUGGAACGGCAACCUCACCAGAACAUGGAUGGUCUCUCAAGUACACAAGCCUGCGUACAAAGCUAUCAUGGGCAACAUCACCUCAAAUGCCCCCAUCAUUCCUUCCAUCACCUUUCACGAUGGCUUUGACCAGCCGCUGAGCGACUGGGACAGCUCAUACACUACAGCACAAGGUUACACCGCAGGUACCACCUCUCUCGACACACAUCGAUAUCAAGCUUGGGCCCCUCAAGUAGACUACACGUGGGACCAACAUAUCAGCUACACCUGCGGUCUUUCAUCCGAGCUCAGCAAUGCCAAUCGAGUACGGCCUACAUUCGUGGGAGAGUUCAGCCUUGCUACACGGUGCACCAACUGUAGCUAUGCAACGAUGAGCGACAACAUCAAUGCUCAAAACAAUGCGACGCAGAAUCUCUUCAUGCGGAGGUUCUGGGAGGCACAGCAAGUCACGUACGAGAAAUCUGCAGGAUGGAUCAUGUGGUCUUGGAAGACGGCUAGCAGAGGCGAAUGGUCUUACAAAGACGCGAUGGCGCAAGGCUGGAUUCCCUCGAAC